GUGAGUUUGAUCCGACUUUCGAGCUGGGACUCACCAACCAAACUAUUUGUUGAGGAAGCAGAUAACUAUUGGCAUGACGAUAUUCUGCAUAUGCGUGCAUCUGAUGGGCGUAAUAGGAAGACACUUGAAUGUCCCGCGAUGAUUAUGAGAGAAAACGACGGACUAGUGAAUGUAAUGACGACAGAUGUCAUUCCAUCUGAUCCUACCCUUUGUUUCACUCAAGACUCGACAUAUGACAAUAGUAAUACAAAGAUUCUUCGUUAUGACAAAAUGAGAUGUUCCUACAAGACGAUAUAGGAAUCUUAUACUUCCUAGCUGGUUAUGAAAACCUUCUUUCCAACAAUACGACCACAGCUUGGACAGGUAUGAUCGGCCUGUUGACAGGAGUCG